CAUGAAUCAAGAGUAUCAGAAGCUACGUUCUGUUUUACGCACGUGUACGUGACGUGUACUAUAGAUAAAAAAUGCGCGCGUAUGCGCGUGAAACGGAACGCAGCCAGAGUUGUAUUUCGCACGCAAAUUCGGAUUUAUUCUGACAAACACUGACGAGGAUACGAACGUCGAAAUAUCAUCCACUUGUGUAAUCAUGUGGAACGAAAGCACUCAAUCGGGUUUUGGAGGUGGCUUUUUGGAUGACAGCACCGCGCAAGGAGGAGCCGCGAAAAAAGGAUCAAGUAACGACAAGAGCAUUGUUCCUGUGUUUAUAAAGCACAUCACGUCCACAACGGGAGACCUACAGAUCGCCGGCAAGACUGUAAACACUCUGAAAAUCGUGGGUAUUGUGCGUCACAUCGAACAGGAUACGACCAAAAUUUCUUUUACAAUUGAGGAUGACACAGAUUCUAUCACAGCUGUCAUGUGGUUAGAAGCCGACAAGAACCCAGCGGAAACCAACUAUCCAGAAGUAAACACAUAUGUACAACUUUACGGACUAAUUCGUAAUCAAAACAAUCAACAACAGCUGCUGAUUUUACGUAUGUUCCCUUUGGAGGAUCUGAACGAACUGACGUAUCACUUCUUAGAAGUAAUAUAUUUUAUACUGAAAGCUUCCGAAAAAUCUGGAGAAUCUGAAACUGUUUCCAAUGCGGUAAUAUCUGAUUACGCUAUGAGCGGUAUGUCACCUGAACAAGUGGCAGUUCUCGAAAUAGUCCGAUCUGCAAACGAUGCGGAAUGUGGCAUAGAAAAGCAGAACAUUUUGAAGAAAGUGCCCAAACACAUUGUUUCUCGCUUGGAUGAAAUUCUAGAAUUUCUUCUUUGCGAAGGACAUAUUUACACAACUAGUUCGGAGGAUGUCUUUAAAGCUACAUAAGUUACGUAUUGAAGAAACAUGAAAUAUUGAGUUAUCUAAAAUCUAUAGAAUAAAAUAAGAUUAAUAUUACCUGUUUAUAAAACACAUAUUUUUUUGUAAAACUUAAAAAUAUAUUUUUCCAUAAAAAUACUCUAACUUAUCUUACAAUAACAAAGUACAAAACUAAAAGAUGAGUGACAUUUUUAUGUCAAACGCAAGUCAUUGUUAGUUGCAAGUCUAAAAUAGUUUCUUAUAUUUUAAGAUAUAUCAGUUCCAACGUUGCUAGUUUGGAAAUAAUAAGAGAAACAACAAUUAUUUGUGUUUUUCGAAGAAACAAACCAGAACUUGUUAAAAUUUUUAUUUUAUCAAAUUCUAAAUAACUUAAGACUUUUCGAUACCCAAGCAUCUGCUUUGAUAUCGAUCAUCGCAAAAACCAAUAGGCGUAAAAAUCAUGAUAUGUUUGCGUUGUUUUUAAUUUUUGCAUUUGGAAUAAAAUGGAAGAGCAGCUUUUAUUGACACAUUUUGUAACAAGCUUUGUUUAUUCGUCAAUAUAUCAUUUAUAAGACUGA